AUGUCCAACGCCAAUAGCUCCUGGGCUCGUCUUCCUCCCGAACUCCGGAAUGAGGUGCUCAGCAUUCUGUCGGGUCCCCACGGCGCUAAGUACAGCCAGCUUGCGACUAUUUCGCGAGAAUGGCAUUCCUUCUUCGAACCGCUUAUUUUUGCCGAGAUCAGCCUAACGCCAUCGUGCCUGUUCGAUCCUAACUCUACUGCUAUUUUCUUCCGCAAGAGAAGUCUCAUCCGUUACAUAUGGUUUCGCGUGGAACUGGAGCGUUACCAUUGUCACAAGUGCCCACUAGAGGUCGAGGAAGAUGGCAACGAAGAGGGCGAGGACGAGGACGUGGACGUUUUCGGCGAAAACCCAGCCGAUGAUAAUCUGAUAGUGUAUGCUUUCCAGAGCUUGGUCACGGUCGUGCUCCUCCGCCAGCAAACCCGCCGACAAUGGUGGCCAGCCACCCUCACAAACAUGCUCACGCGCUUCCCCAACAUGAAGGAGCUUUGCUACGAGCCUUGGAGAGAAUGGAGCCAGUCACAGCAACUAAAUGAUCAACUUACCCAGCAAUUCAUUGACUCGCUUCACAAGACGAAACUAUCGAAGCUGACAAUUUUCGAAAACUUCAAUGAGGCGUACCCAGAAAGCUCUCCCUCCUGCCCCUCCAUCAGGGUGCCGAGUCCUGUUGUAAGCCAUAAACUCGCGAGAGCUAGUGUGCAACUCACGGAGCUUUCAGCCUCAUACAAUGUCAAUGCUAGCUGCUUCUUCUGGGCGAGCAAAAAGCUUUUACUCGAGUGGAGAAAUCUCACGCGUCUAGCUUUAACAGCGAGGGCACUCACUGGAGAUGCGGACUUCGAAGGCAUCAACAGCAUACUGCGCAACGCCGCGGGUGCUGCACUGAGGAUGCCGAAGCUUGAGACGAUGGAACUAUGGAAUGGCAGGCAAGGCGUGGCGAUGCUGUUCCGCUACCAGAAAGCUCGGGAUGGGCAAUCGGCCUUCAUCACGGUGCGGGGGACGUUAGAGCUUCCUCUGGGGUCUACGGUGACCGAAGCUUUGGAAGCGGUCGCCCUCCGGCAUCAUCACGGCAAAGUUGUUGUGCAAAGCUCAUUGAUUGAUCCAACUCUUAUUCGGUGCCAUGGUGAUGCGAUACGCCAGCUGGGGCUCUCUGUGGAGGUUAUCAGACCUGUCUCGCUGCAGCAGAUCAUUGAAGAGCAUCAGAUUCGGGAAGGGCUGACGACGAGUUGA